GUCGUUUGUAAUAAAUUAUUGAUGAUUUUAAAGAACACUUAUCCGAUAGAAGUGGCAAAUUGUUACAAAGAUGAUAUAUCUAAAGUAGAUUUAGAUGAAUUAAUGCCAAUUUUAGAUGAUGAGUUAAUCAAGGUUGCAAAUA